AAUGUUUUAGUACGAAACGGCCGGCACCCCAUAAAGGUUAUAUACGAAUCGACGAGGAGCCGCCUGAGUGCCACCGUACACUGUCCGGGGGCGCUGGCACCCUCCUCCAGGCUAAAUAACCCGCCUCCAGUGGGUCCUCUGUGCUGCUGGAUGGUAAGAGCUUAAGCUGUAAACUAGGAAGAGAACAGUUGAUUGUAGCAGAACAUGGUUGCAGUAUUGACAGCUGCCCUAAUGACUGCUGCCGAGAUAUCCAAUCUCUUUUCGGUGAUCGGCGUAGUAAUAUGCUUUGUGUGCAUGGCAGUUUUCAUCAUGCGGUUACAAGGCGAACAUUUUUUCGGAACUUCUGUUGUGCAUGUUGCUCAACCACCUGUGGCCCAAGUAGCAUUCCAGAAAGUUGCUGUUCCAUUUUCUCUUGAGCUACACAAACCUAGAGAUGCAUCGUUCACUGAUGUUCAGUUAAAGUUACGUAGUGAGGUGUCGUAUGUUCUGCGGAGCUACUGGGGAGUACCAUCUGAUCAUCUACACUCUCUCCUGCUAGCUCCUUGGUCAGGAUUCUUCACUCACUUAAUUGAAAAACCUUCAAUUAGGGCAGAAGUCAUCGAUAAGGUCUUAAGAAAUGACAUUAAUGAAGAAACUGUGUGCAUAAAACAAGUUAACUUGUGUUCUGGUGCUUCCCCAUUAUCUCUCGGAGAGUCUCCUAGACGAAAUUACCCCCUAGUUGUGUGCAUGGUGCGCCAGGAUUCUGUUCAGGACACCAGUGAAAAUGGAGUGGGGGCACUGAUUACCAUCAUCCAUAUCAAGGAUUCUGAAUGUCAGAUCCCUACAUGCAUCCUCCAUCAGUACCUGAAGCAGUACAAUGGUCAACUCACCAAACUCAAGGCUCUGUACACUCAAGUGAGUAAUGAAAGUCAAGAAGGAGGUGAUAAGACUGGUGGUUCCUCCAAAGAAGUAACUGUAACCGAUUCUCCAGACAGUAGUACAUAUGAUGAGGUUGAAAUACCCUUAGAGGAAGCCUGUGUUGUGUGUCAGGUCAAAAGGACUACUCGUGCCUUUCUUCCUUGUCGUCAUGUUUGUGUGUGUGAUACUUGCUGUGGUCGCUUGGAUAACUGUCCCAUGUGCCGUUCUCGUAUCCUUGCCUACUUUCUCACUGCUCCAGAAGACCCAGUGUCUUACGAUGAGGAAGUUGUGGAAGAACUAGAUCCACCCACAGCUUGGAGACGAUUAAAUGAUGCAGUGAAUCGUAUGUUUGUUGCAGAAGAGCAAUGAUGAAUCUUGGAAGUUUUAAGGCUCUGUGAAAUUAGUAAAGAAAAUAUAGGUAAUCUGUGAUUAAAUGUGCAUUCAAGUAGAAUUUAAUAUUUUUAGUUUACUGGUAUAUGGCUUUAAGUACAGUAUGAUUACUUUUCGUAUGAUUUAUAUGUGAAGUAGGGAUACUGUGCUACAAUUUGUAAUUGAUCUUCCUAUCGAUGAAAUGUGAGUUAGUCCCUUAACCUGGCAGGUCACUCAUGGGUUACUUCUCAACACAACUAAAUUUAAUUAGUGCAAAGAAUGGUAGUUUUAUUUUGUAUGUAAGAAAUAUUUCUUUAAUGGAGUUGUACAUCAUCAGAGUAUAAUCAGAUCUUUCAUUUUUGUGAGAGAAAAAAAAGACUUCUGUUUUCUUAUAUUUUUUUAAAUGAUUUAAUGCACAAGUUGAGGUACUUACAUGGGAAAUUACCAGGAUUUUCUUUCUUUCCCAACUGAAUAUAUAACAAAAACCUGGCUGUACAUUAUAUACAUUCACACCGAUUGAUUAGUAGGGCUUUGAAGAUGCAUUCAUUAUUUAGCCCUCUAAGGGUCUUGAGAAUUUUACAUGCAGAAGCAUACUUAAAUAAGGUUUUUAUUUAUGUUAAAAAACUUAGUAAACCAGAAAUUUGAAUAUUUAGAAAGCUAUAGGCCUAAGAUUUUAUUUAUUGUAUUUAUAUUUGAAUAUAUAUAUAUAUAUAUAUAUAUAUAUAUAUAUAUAUAUAUAUAUAUAUAUAUAUAUAUAUAUUUUAUUUGAUAAUAUAUAUAUAUAUAUAUAUAUAUAUUUUAUUUGAUAAAAUUGCUCAGCUCUUUAUUAAUAUUAGAGAUGCUUUCAUACAAAUUAUUUAUAAAAAGACACGUUGGUAAAAUAGUGAAGCAAUUAUAUUGCUUGGCAAGUAAAGAUAAAUUCAGCGACUUAAUUUUGUAUCCUACUUUAGAGCAACUUGAUGAUAAAUUUUGAAUACCUUCCAAGAAAUACUGUACUGUACAGUUGUUAGUACUUGUAAUAAAAUCUCUCAAUUA